ACAUUAUUCCUAAGCAAAACUUUUAUAAUACUAUAUGCUAUGUAUUAUAUUUAAACGUUAUAGUACCAUAGUACUUACGUCGGUAAAGUCUUAUUGAAGUGUUUUUUUUUAUUAAAAAAAAAUAUGAUGUUUUACAGCGUUUUAUUGCUAUUUUUCAUAACAACUUUUAGUUUUUCAGAGGGCCAACAACAGCAGCAGACGCCUCAGAAAAAGGGUCGUUCCAAGUUUUCUGAAGUUAUAACGAACACGUCACAAGAAUGUCUAAAAGAAAACCGCGUUACAAUAGAACGCGUGGUGGCCGUCUAUUCGAUCUAUACCAACGACCGUGAAGCGAAAUGCUACGUGGCUUGUAUGCUGUAUAGAUUCAACGCGACAAACGAGGAUGGUGACUAUAAUGAAAAGGCGUUGCAAGUGUUGAUGAGCAGACCUAAGACCCACGAUAUAGCUGCUAACAUGAAAUCCAACAUUGAUAAAUGCAAAAUUGAGGCAAACGACAAAGACCGUUGCGAAAGAGCAGUAAAAUUUACAAGGUGUAUUUAUUCUAACAAACAAGAGAUGGGAAUAGACCACAACCAACAACAACCUGGCCAAGUACCGCCAAUGCCUCCGUUCGGUUCGUGGAUGAACGGUCACAGACCCAGAGGACCUGGUCGACGACCACCGAUGGGCCCAGGUGGGGGACCAAUAGGGCCAGUUGGUGGGCCGAUGGGAUUCAGCGGCUAUAACGGAUACGCUAGCCCCAGAAGAAUGCCGAUGAACCCAAGGGAUAUGGGCAAUCCAAUGGGAAAUGGCCAGGCAUGGUUAAAUUGAGUUCCGAUAACUUUGGAGGAUCUAGCCGUUCACUAUUUCAUAUUAUUAACUAUUAUACAGUAUUCUCUAAUAAUGACACAUAUACAUACGCUACUAAUACAUUUAUAUAUAAUAUUUCAAACGUUGAUAAUUGAA